CGUUAAGUGCGUGUGUAGUGUAUCACGGUACACCCGCUCUACACAUCUGCACUACUGCGGCAGUCUACAGGCUAUUUCCUGUCGCUUUCCCCCUGAUUCCUUCCCUCUUCGAUUUUCGUACCUAGGUUCGAGGCCUGAUGCUUGUACACAUGGAUCCCCGCGCAUACAGUACUACAGUGUACAUCAGUACAUGGCUAUUAACGGUUCACGCACGCGGCACAUAUAUAAUGCACAUACAUGACUGGUCAGUGAUCGACAUAUAGCGACGUGCACUUCGUAAUAUUAUGUUAAUGUAUUACGACGAUAGUCGAGGAAAUGCCAUAAAUUACCCGUUGCGUAUGAAUUUGAAUGUUUAGUGAUUAUACAAUUUAAAAAAUUACAAUAAUAAUUAUACAAAAACAAACAUUGUGCAACGUCUGUGCUGUACAUCGUAAUAUAUAUUAUUAUAUGAUUCAAUGACGAUUUGUUUUACUCUCGUUUAAAAUAAUUUGGUAACGAUUACCUUGUUAAAAUACCGCCAUCAAAUAUAAUAUAUCGAAAUCAUUCCAUUUACCAAGUUAAGUAUGGAUUUGGUUAACAAUGGCAUUUUGUUAACCAAAAAUUCGGUUAAUAAUUUGUUUGGACAACGUGAACCUUGGCAAGUUGCUUCUAUCACAGCUUCCAGUAUAUUAACAUCUUAUUGGCUAUGGAAUUUUUUAUGUCAAGAUGAAAGUUUGUAUAACAGAUUUAAAAAAUUUACAUUUACACAAAUUAAGAAAAUACCAAAAUUCAAAAAGCAAGUAGAAGAAGAAACUAAAAAAGUUUCUGACUUAUUUGAAAAUGAAGUAAUUGAAAAUACCAAGAGUGAAAAAUACAUUGUUGAACUUCCAUUGCAAGGAAUUCCUCAAGAUGAAUUAAUUAAAACUGUAAAUAGAUAUUUAAAUCUUGGUAAAUACAAUUGGAAAGAAGGGUUUAUUUCUGGUGCUAUAUAUUAUUAUGAUGAAGAAUUAAUAAAAUUGCUUACAGAAGUAUACGGUUAUGCUUCUUAUACAAAUCCUUUACACUCCGAUAUAUUUCCAGGUAUUUGUAAAAUGGAAGCAGAAGUUGUACGUUUAGUUGCAAAUUUAUUUCAUGGAGAUUUAAAUGCUUGUGGAACAAUGACUAGUGGUGGAACAGAAUCAAUUAUAAUGGCAUGUAAAGCUUAUAGAGAUUUUGGAAAAAAUGAAUGUGGUAUUAAAAAAGGUGAAAUAAUAGUUCCACGAUCAGUGCAUCCUGCAUUUGAUAAAGCUGCUUCUUAUUUUGGUAUUAAAAUUAUACACAUUGACUUGCAUCCUGAUACUUAUACAGUCAAUUUAAAAAAAAUGGAAAAUGCAAUAACUAAGAAUACAUUGAUGCUAGUUGGAUCAUUUCCUAAUUUCCCAUAUGGAACAUCAGAUGAUAUAGAAGCAAUAUCAGCUUUAGGUCUUAAAUAUAAUAUCCCAGUCCACGUUGAUUGUUGUUUAGGUGGUUUCAUUGCAGCAUUUAUGCCACAAGCAGGUUUUCCACUACCUCCAUUUGAUUUUAUUUUACCUGGCGUUACAAGUAUAUCUGCCGAUACACAUAAGUAUGGAUAUGCACCUAAAGGUUCUUCAGUAAUAUUGUAUUCUGAUAAAAAAUAUAGACACAACCAAUAUUAUGUGUGCACAGAAUGGCCUGGAGGUCAUUAUGGUUCACCAACUAUUAGUGGAUCAAGGUCUGGAGGUAUAAUUGCUGCAUGCUGGGCCACACUAAUGUACUUUGGUAUGAAUGGCUAUAUUACUUCAACCAAAGAAAUCAUGGACACUAAAAUAUUUAUCGAAGAACAAUUACGUAGUAUGAAAGGUAUUUUCAUAUUUGGUAAACCUACUACAUCUGUGAUAGCAAUAGGUUCAAAUGAUUUUAAUAUUUAUCGAUUAUCUGAUGCAUUAAAUGCAAGAGGUUGGAAUUUAAAUACUUUACAAUUUCCAAUUGGGAUUCAUAUUUGCAUUACACAUUUACAUACAAAACCUGGUGUAGCUUCAUUAUUUAUUGAAGAUUUAAGACUAGAAUUAAUUGAAAUAUUAAAAAAUCCAAAUGUUCAACUCACUGGAAAAAUGGCUAUGUACGGAAUGUCUGCCACAUUGCCAGAUAGAACUAUAGUUGGUGACAUCACAAGAUAUUUUAUAGAUGCUAUGUAUUACACUCCAAAAUAAUAUGUUUUAUAUGUUGGUAUAAGUAUAAUAAAUUAUUUCUGUAAUUGAA